ACCUCUUUUCCCUCUUUAAAGCAACAUAGUAUUCUCUAUCUUUAUUCACAUCAUCUAUCCACCCCUUCUUUCUAUAAAACCAUCCCUUAUCCACCUGACACUCACAACAAUUCCAAAAUCUUCUUUCCUACUUCAAAACCCAGAAUUAUUUUUCAGUUUUACGAUUACCCUUUUCAGGAUUUGACAUCAUGCCUAUUAAGAUUCGAGAAGUAUGGGCUCAUAAUCUUGAAUCAGAAUUUGAACUCAUUUCUACCGUGAUUGAUCAGUACCCUUAUAUAUCUAUGGAUACUGAAUUUCCUGGUGUUGUUUACAAACCUGAGUUUUCUUACAGAAACAUGCCAUCAGAUCAGUAUAAGUUGUUGAAGUCAAACGUUGAUGUAUUAAAUCUUAUUCAGCUUGGUCUUACUUUAACUGACGUUAAUGGUAACCUCCCUAGUCUGGGCUCUAACCACGGUUACAUAUGGCAGUUCAACUUCUCCGAUUUUGAUGUGGCGCGUGAUCUAUACGCGCCUGACUCGAUUGAGUUGCUACGUAGACAAGGGAUCAACUUUGAGAUGAAUAAGGAAUGUGGGGUCCACUCGGCUCGGUUUGCUGAAUUGAUGAUGUCAUCCGGUUUGGUUUGUAAUGAAUCGGUGAGUUGGGUGACGUUUCACAGCGCGUAUGAUUUUGGUUACUUGGUCAAGAUUCUCACGCGCCGGGAAUUGCCACGUGGGUUAGAAGACUUUUUGGGAGUUAUGAGGGUGUUUUUCGGAAAUAGAGUUUAUGAUAUGAAGCAUUUGAUGAGGUUCUGUAAUAGUCUUUAUGGUGGGUUAGACCGGGUUGCCAGGACAUUGGAUGUGGACCGGGCGGUCGGGAAAUGUCAUCAGGCCGGUUCAGAUAGCUUGUUGACGUGGCAUGCGUUUCAGAAAAUGAGGGAUGUUUAUUUUGUGAAGGAUGGGGCAGAGAGACAUGCUGGGGUCUUGUAUGGAUUAGAAGUUUAUUAGGAAAAUAGAAUCUCUAAUUGUCUCAUAAAUAAAGCUAUUUAAUUCAUUCAUUUUAGUUGAAA